UCUGUGGACUGGGUGACCGGUGAAAUGAACUUUCAAGUUAUAAGUUGUAAUAUUAGUAUUUAGUAGUCGCGAUUAUUGGGUAUACUUCUUAGUUCUAUAAAGGUAUUUUUGAAUAAGUUAUCUUUAACAGUUUUACGUUUUCGCUUUUAAAUAAGAUUAAACUUUGUAAACAAAUCGUAUUAAGUACAAACUUGUGUGUUUAAACAUUUACAAAAAUGCGCCGAUUAGCUUUUGCAGACUGUUUGCUAUUAAUAUUGUUAAUAUGCAUACAAAAUUCAACUCAAGUCAAGAAACAAACAUCAAUCACUCAAGUUGAAGACCUUAAAGAUUUCAAAAAGUUAAUGAAAACAAAGACUAAUGUUUUAGUCUUAUACAUAAAUAUUCAGAAAGAGGCCACACCUAUUUUAAAGACAUUCCGAGAAGUAGCAGAUAAAAUGAAAGGGCAGGCUACACUGGUGUCCAUUAAUUGUGCUGGAGGUGAAGGGAAAAAGCUUUGCAAAAAAUUGAAGAUUGAAAAAAGCAGUCCUUACUUCAUUAAGCACUUUAAAGAUGGAGAAUUCAAUAAGGAUUAUGAUAGAGCAGAAACAGUCAAUUCUAUAGUAAAUUUUUUAUUGGAUCCAACUGGAGAUGCACCAUGGGACGAAGAUCCAUCUGCUAAUCAUAUUUAUCAUUUAGCUGAUUCUAUGGCUCUAUCUAGCUUUCUCAAAAAGUGUGCAGCAACCUCAAUGAAGUCAAUAAUUAUGUUUUAUGCUCCUUGGUGUGGGUAUUGUAAAAUAUUGAAACCUGAAUAUUCUGAUGCAGCUUUGGACUUAAAGGGAGAAGCAAUGCUGGCAGCUAUGGAUGUAUCUAAACCUCAUAAUUCAAAACUUCGUUAUGAAUACAACAUUACAGGGUUCCCCACUCUAUUGUAUUUUGUAAAAGGAAAUUAUCGUAUGGUGUACAAUGGGGAAAACAAGCGCGAUUCGUUAGUGCGGUUCAUUCGAGACCCGAAUAGUGUACAGGAGAUGAAGAAGGAAACCCCAAAAUCCUGGGACUUGGAUACCGAUCUACUACACUUGACAGCGGAUAGCUUUGAUUCAACAUUAAAACACGUAAACAACGCUAUGGUAGUGUUCUACGCCCCUUGGUGCGGUCAUUGUAAGAACUUGAAGCCGAAUCUCAUUAAAGCUGAAGAAAGUAUGAGGACGCAACAGAUUGCUGGUAUGAUCGCAGUUGUUGAUGUGACGUCAGAGCAGGGUUUGGGGUCCAGGUUCAAUAUCAAGGGAUAUCCGUCGAUCAAGUAUUUUAACAAUGGCGAAUACAAAUAUGACCUGAACUUCCGCACUGAUGACAAAAUCGUUGAAUUUAUGAAGAACCCCCAAGAACCGGUGCCUACACCACCAGAAACGCCAUGGUCUGAAGAGGAGACAUCUGUGCGUCACCUCUCAGCAAGCAACUUUAAACGCUCGCUUAAGAAGGCGGCAUACGCGAUAGUUAUGUUCUAUGCUCCAUGGUGCGGUCACUGUAAAUCGACUAAACCGGAAUUCGUAAAGGCCGCCGACACAUUCGCGGAUAACCUGAUGGUUCUGUUUGGGGCCGUAGACUGUACGGUUGAGGAAGACAUUUGUAAUAAUUACAAAGUUACUGGUUAUCCCACAUUUAAAUACUUCCAUCAUUAUGAGGGAGUUGAAGAUUAUAAUGGCGGGAGAAGGAGUGAGGACUUCGUAAAGCACAUACAUACACAAAUAGAUGGUCAGAGGCAAGAGCAGGGUAGGAAGAGUCAUACUGUGACAGGAUUUGGGAUAAAUGUGGUGCAAGCGAGUGAUGCAGAUUUUGAAGAGAUUCUCUCCGACUCAGUUCCCAGUUUUGUUAUGUAUCAUGCUCAAUGGUGUGGUCACUGUAACGAGAUUAAGCCGUCAUUUAGCCGCCUAGCAACUAAACUGAAAAGCGAGAAUGCUAAAAUAAAAAUAGUAGCCAUUGACGUGACUGAUAAUCCGAAGGCAACAGAUUUUGGAGGUAUUAAAACGUUGCCUACAUUGAAAAUGUAUGCCAAGUCUUCUGAAGUAUCUGUUUACGGGGGAGAUAGAUCUGAGGAUGAUAUGUACAAAUUCUGUAAGAGUUUUCAGGUGAAAGAUGAAUUGUGAUUUUUGUAGCAAAAUCAUGAAAUUUAUUCAGAUCAUUAAAUUUUUUUUAUAUCAUUAAAUUUUCAUCAUUAUUACUUUUUUUAUCUAGCAAUAUAUGUUGAAUCAUCUUAUAACUGCUAAAAAUAUGUAGGUUAACAAUGUCAGAAUUGUUAAUAUAAUAAUUAUAUUAAAAUCGUUCGUAAAACUCAAUAUUAACAAUUCAAUGAAGUUAAUUAGAAAGAAUUUAUAGUUCAAGUUAAAAAGGUAUUCUUUUCGAGGUUUUCAAGUUUUAAUUAUUGGGUAUUGCGAAGCUUUUAAUUUUUCAUUUAGAUACCUCAAAAAAAUUUGAUAGUUUUUAUAUAUUCCAGUUGGUAUUCAUUCUCAACAAGUGUAUUUUGUAUAAAUGUAAUUAUUUUGUCAGUAAUUAAAAUAACACAGUUCUCAAUUGAAGAUGUUUGAAAUUUAAUUUCAAAAUCAAAAUGUUGCCAAUUUCCUUGAAUGAACGCGGUCAAAACAACUUGUUGGUAAUUAUACGAACUCAGAACUUUUUAAUCGACUUUAUAAAAAUGUGUUGAUUUGUAUGUGAUAUUUUGUGUAUAAUAAGAGUUUUUAACCUGUGUGUUAAACUUUGUAUCUGCAAAAUUUAUUAGGUCACAGGUUCAAUAAGGGAGUAAUGGUUGGUUUAUUGGUUUUCGAUAUAUAUUCUGAAUUUCAUAUAUUUAUGAAGUCGGUCUAAAUUUUUUAAUUACCUUUCGUCAGUUUCCGUCAUUUUGUCAGGACUAGCAAUUCACACUCACACUACACUAAAUUUGAUUGAUUUUAAUUUGUAAUUAACGUAAUUAUUAACGGCACGGAAUUCUGAUUUAUAAAUGUAUUGAAUGGUUUAUAGUAUACAUAAAUUGAUUAAAAUUUCGUAAAAUCAAGCCCGGAUCAAUUAAACCACGAUUCGUAAAAGCUACGAGGCGUUUGCACUAUUUGUUUGAAAUCAAGGUUACAAUAAUAAUAGAGAAUCCGCGUCUUCAUAUCGGCACGUACAUUCCAUUUUUUCGAUCUUAAUUGAAAAAACUUAGGAUUUGCGGUAUUUUUGGUAUAAGUAGACGUGUUUCGUAAUAAUGGACGACAAAAGUUAAGCCUAUAACUUUUAAGAAAUCAGUUCAGUCAAAUUUUAAAUUGUUAAUCCAUACAAAAAUACUACGUAGGUUUAUUUUGUCAAAACAGUGAUCCAACAUACUCUAACUACCCAUCCAAAUCAACACAGUCAAUAUAUAUUGAUACAUCACAAAAAAUAAUUAUUAUGUCAAUAUGCUCAAUAUUUCUGCCGCGUUUACACAUGAAUAAAUAUUGACGAGAUCUCAAACCCUGUAAGUAACAUUCCAAUUGGAAUUGGUUGCAAUACUUGUAACUGAAUUUUUAUAUGUACCUUCUAAUAUUGAUCUAAUGCAAUAGUUUACUUCCCUGUCUGACAGGGCUAAUUGUAAUUCUUUAUAACUGGUUCGUUAACUAACGUAAACGUAUGUUGUUAUUACUAAUAUUAAUUGUGCCUUUAUAAUUCGUAUAAAACAUAUAUUUUUUAAACUAAAGCCCAUUGUCGUAUAAUGAAUGUUAAUAAAAUCAAAUUACUUCAAAUCGUCUAUCAAUUUUAAGUAUAGCUUUGAUAUUUGAGUUGUACAGUCGUCGCAAUGUUAAAUUUGACCAGAAAAAAUCGUUUAAAUAUACAAAUGCUUCUUAAGUCCUUUUGGCAUAUAGAAGUCGGUUUGCUGUAUUAAAUCAGUCUUGAUGUAAUUUGCUACAGUAAUAUAGGAUUAUUUCUCCUAAUGGAAUAUUAAAUGUACGUACUUAUUAGACAUAAUUUUUGGGUUCAAUCGUGGAAUAGAUAAAUAGGUUGGAAGGGAGUUUACUUUCCAGUUAAUUUACAAAGCUAUUGUGGUAACUACGUUACCCUUGCGCCCAUAUCAUCUAUUUCGCUGGUGCUAUUGUGAACCUAUUGGCGUCAUACGUAAAAGUAUCCGAAAAUUUACACUUUUUUAUAUACACUACUAUUUACAUAUGUAUUUACAUAAAUUUUGUACGAAUUUAUAGAGUUAAAAUAUUUUGCCUAUAUUAUAAAUGAGUUCAUAUACAAUUUUGGCCAAAUAUGGCCAGCCAGUUUUGGAUUUGAGUUUCGACGGAACAAGUGUUUGGUUGAGCUAUUUGUCUAAAAAUCAUAUUUUCAUUUAAUUAAGCCUCAUGUCUACCCAAACCGUUUCUCCGGCACUGAAUCCCAUUACUGGCAUGUGUACCACUAUAAUUAUAUGUUCCUCCAUUGUCUUCCAAGUAUUUAAUGCAUUUAGUUAUGAGUUAAAAUGCUUUUUCAGAUAUGAAAAUAAGGAUAAUUGUUGGAGAUGUAACAUACUUAUUUUUUCUAUAAAUAAAUUGUCUUGCAAGCAA